AAAUGAGAAAGAAAGUGAGUUGAACUCUUUUCUAACAUAAUAGUUUGAGCUUCCACCGUUUAAAUUAACUAGUUGAUUGUUACUCUUUCUCAUUCAUAACAAUUCAACUUUAAUUAACUUUCACUUAUCUAAUUGUUAACUAAUAUUUAUUGUCUUUUCUUUCAUUAACUAAAUUGUGUCUCAUCAAUUUAUGAUUUCCCGGGUUCACUUGAUUCUCUUGUGUCUUUAUUGGUCAUUGGGUUUUGACAGAUUUAAUUGUUCCACUUUAACUGUUUGUCAAUCAAUCUAAUUGUCAAUUGAUUGAGUGCUUGUGAUAAAACCUUUUUAAUCAUAUUCACCAUUGAAUCGUAACUCAUUUCAGAAUCACAGCAAUUUGUUGUUUCUUUUUAUUCAAAUGAAAAUGUUUAAUCUUCAUCAUCAAUCAUCAAAUCAUCGCAAUUUAAAUCAACGUGUUAAUAGUGUUUCUUUUUUUGUAUCUUUUUCCAUCUUUCUCAUUGUUCUGAUCGUUAGUAAAUCUCAUGCAUUUGCUCAAAAUCCUCCUGAAUUCAUUCAAAAAUACGAAAAAAAUACUAAUACUCUUAGUGUUGAGGUCGUUCUAGGCCCAUCUCAAGGUCCGAAUAAUUCGAGUAAUUCGAGUAAAGUGAAUAACGAAAUUAAAUUGGCCAGAAAAAACUCGACGAUUGGAAUUGAAAAGAGAAUAUUCAACAACAAUCAAACAACAAGUUCGUUGGUCACUUUUGUCAAUGAAACAUCUCGACAAUCAGCAAAUAAAAACAAAUCCGAAGUGAAGACAAAUAUCACCAAAAUUCAUCGCGAAGAUGAGGAAGUUCAUUUGAUCAGUUGGCGGUGGGCAGAACUUGGCAAUUACUUUCUGAUUGGAGCCUUUCUGUUAAUUGCUGCCGGUGUAAAGAUCUGUUAUCAUCACAGUCACACUUUGAGCACUCACAUUCCGGAAUCAUGUGUUCUCAUCCUUUUAGGUACAAUUGUCGGGACCAUUUUCUUUUUCACAGACACCCUUGAGAACGAAUAUGUUCCGAAAUUCAAUUCAUCUACUUUCUUUUAUGUUUUACUUCCGCCGAUUAUUUUGGAAUCAGCGUAUAGUUUGUACGAUAAAAGUUUCUUUAAUAACAUUGGUACAAUUCUGUUAUAUGCUGUCGUGGGCACAAUCAUUAAUAUCGCAACAAUUGGACCAAGUUUAUAUUAUUGUAGCGAAUGGGGGAUUUUCGGAUCAAUCAGAAUUCCGAUGAUCGAGUGUGUGAUAUUUGCAACUCUAAUCAGUGCUGUUGAUCCAGUGGCUGUGUUGGCCAUUUUCGCCGAAGUCAAUGUGAACAAAGCCUUAUAUUUCCUCGUUUUCGGAGAAUCGCUUCUUAAUGAUGCGGUUGUUGUCACCAUGUACAAUACUGUUUCUGCUUUGGCAGGUCGAGAAAAUAUUCGAGUGACUGAGAUCGUUCGAGGCAUCUUAAGCUUCUUGAUCACCUCAGGUGGAGGUGUUUCCAUGGGAAUAUUUCUUGGAGCAUUGAGCUCAAUCGUAACAAGAUUUACAGCUGAUGUAAGAGUUGUCGAACCAUUAAUUGUCAUUUGUUUAGCGUAUCUUUCCUACGUUGGAGCGGAAUUGUUUCACUUCUCUGGUAUUAUUAGUCUUAUUUGUUGUGGGCUCAUGCAAGCAGAAUACACUCGUCACAAUAUAUCUAAAAAAUCAUACACAACAAUUAAAUACUUGACCAAAACUGUUUCAUCCAUCGCUGAUGUGAUAAUCUUCCUGUUCCUUGGAAUGGUUUUGGUGAGAGAUGACCAUGAUUGGAAUACUGGAUUCGUCUUAUUCACUACAAUAUUUUGCAUCAUCUAUCGUUUCAUAAGUGUAUUCAGUCUUACGUAUUUUGCCAACAACUUUUUCCAACGAUUGAGGAUUGUUAAUUUAGCUGAACAAUUGUUGAUGGCUUAUGGUGGAUUAAGAGGUGCGAUUGCUUUUUGCUUGGCGAUUAUGUUGGAUACCAAGAAGAUUAGUCAAGCAAAUCUAUUCGUAACUGCGACUCUAUUUGUUAUCCUUUUUACUGUGUUUGUUUUGGGAUCUACAACGAAACCGAUUGUUAGAUUUUUACAGGUGAAAAUUCAUAUCAAGCACGAAGCUAAAUUGUUCAUUGAAAUUAAUAAUAAAGUGGUGGAAACUUUCAUGGCCGGAAUGGAAGAGAUUGCCGGGAAUCGAUCAGCAAACUAUUGGGCACAAAAAUUUGCUCGAUUUAAUGAUAACUAUGUCAAAGCGAUUCUUAUUCGAGGUGGGGCUGAAAGAGCCGCUUCGAUCAGAACGGCCUAUGAGAAGUUCUAUCAAGGUAAAGAUGAUGGAUCACGUAUGUUGAUCCAAAAUGUGAAGACCAUUGUAAAAGAGGAACAAGAAGUCGAAGUGGCUGAAGGACCAACUCAUUCCAAGUUAAUUCGAGCCUGUUCCGAUGGAGCGAAUGUCCAAAACAAAAACGAUCAACGACCAAGUACAUGGAGACUAUCCAGAUCUUCUUGGUACACUCGUCGUCAUCGAACUCUGCCUGCUCGACCUGGUCCAGAACCUUAUCGUGAAUUACGAUCACCUAAGAAACCUGAUAAAACGGAAGAUGUUAGUCGAGCUUUAGCCGAAGCCUUCUCGAAAUCAGCUUACUAUCAAUACACUGGAGGAAUUCACAGUGUUGAAGAUCGUGAGGAUAAAAUAACCAAAGAAAUUGCUCGUAAAAGUAAAUGGUUGAUGGCGAAGUCCAAAAUACAAUUAGCUGCGAUCGCAUCUAAAAGUAGCGAACAAGGAAAUGAACCAUUGCCGCUCCAUUCCGUUGUUCAAGCUGCCAAAGCGUUGGCAGCGAUGAAAGAGAGACAACAAAGCGAAUCGGUGAUUUUGGACAAUUUAAAUGAACAAGUCUAACAUCAGAAUUAAUCUCGAUUCAUUUCUUAAAGUGUAUCCCAAUCUCUCCAAUCAAUUUAGAUUUAAUCUUUUAAUUAUAUUAAUCUAUUUACUAAACAUUGAUUGACAAUAUUUUAUAAUAAAAUAAUUUUAACAAAACCAACAAA